GCCCCUCCCCCUUCCCCGCAAGUAAACAGAAAACAUUGAGGAAAGCGCUCGUGUCAGCCGCCACACGCGCGUCCGCUGCGGGAACCGUGCGGUGCAACGAGUAAAGGCGGACAUCGGCCUAACGAUUCCCGUGUGUUUUCAGCAAAGUUGGGCGAUCCGCGGCCAGCUGACCGCCGAUGAAGCGAUGAAGGGAGAGGCGGAAGUGAAGUCACUUGACAGACCGUCCAUGUUAUUAUUGUUAUUUUGGUAGCCCUGUGAUGAGACGGGCUGCUGGGGAGCCGUUGGUCUUCGAGACGUCGAGUGUCAACGCUGCCCCAGGCCGCCCCGGACCACCACCACCCUCACCGUCACCCCACUGACCCGGAGUACGGGAGCCUCGCUGGCGGCUCAGGGGGGGAGGUGGAGGCGGAGGAGGAGGAGGGUGUGAAGACCCAGCUUCAGCUCGGCUCCUACACUCCGACCGACCAAAAAUAAAACGGCGACAAAAACAAUAACCGUCAAACGACUCGAGUGGUUUCUGCGCGGCGUGUAGCUGGGACGUGCCGCCGCAGACAUGAACGGUAUCACCAAGGGCCGGUUCGAGGUGUUCUCAAACAGCGAUGAAGCCCCCAUUAAUAAGAAGCUCCCCAAAGAGCUUCUUCUUAGAAUAUUCUCCUAUUUAGAUGUGGUGACACUGUGCCGGUGUGCCCAGGUGUCCAAGGCGUGGAACGUCCUGGCCCUAGAUGGCAGCAACUGGCAGAAGAUCGACUUGUUCAACUUCCAGACGGAUAUAGAGGGCCGGGUGGUGGAGAACAUUUCAAAGCGCUGUGGAGGCUUCCUGAGGCAGCUCAGCCUGAGGGGCUGCCUGAGCGUUGGAGACGCCUCAAUGAAGACUUUUGCUCAGAACUGCAGAAACAUCGAAGUGUUGAACCUUAACGGCUGCACUAAGAUCACAGACAGCACCUGCCUCAGCCUCAGCAAGUUUUGCUCCAAACUCAAACACUUAGAUCUCACUUCCUGCGUGUCCGUCAGCAACCACUCCCUCAAGGCCCUCAGUGAUGGCUGCAGAAUGUUGGAGACGUUGAACUUGUCGUGGUGUGACCAGAUCACGCGCGAUGGCAUCGAGGCCCUCGCUAGAGGUUGCGCUGGUUUACGAGCACUGUUCCUCAGAGGCUGCACACAGCUGGACGACGGAGCAUUGAAACACCUUCAGAAACACUGCCCAGAACUCACCACCAUAAAUAUGCAGUCUUGCACACAAGUAACGGAUGAAGGUUUGGUCAGUCUGGGCCGAGGAUGCCACAAGCUGCAGAACCUCUGUGUUUCUGGCUGCAGUAACAUCACUGAUGCCUCUCUCACUGCACUGGGUCUCAACUGCCCCCGACUUAAGAUCCUUGAAGCUGCACGAUGCUCCCAUUUUACGGACGCUGGGUUUACUGUCCUGGCCAGAAACUGUCAUGAGCUUGAAAAAAUGGACUUAGAAGAAUGUAUUUUGGUGACAGAUAACACCCUGGUUCAGCUGUCAAUCCACUGCCCUCGGCUUCAAGCACUGUCCCUGUCACAUUGCGAGCUUAUCACAGACGAUGGCAUCAGAGCCCUGAGCAGCAGUACCUGCGGCCAAGAGCGCCUCACCGUGGUAGAGCUGGACAACUGCCCCCUCAUAACUGACGUGACCCUCGAGCACCUGAAGACCUGCCACCGUCUGGAGCGCAUCGAGCUCUACGAUUGUCAGCAAGUCACUCGGGCGGGCAUCAAACGCAUCAGGGCCCACCUUCCAGAGAUCAAAGUCCAUGCCUACUUUGCCCCCGUGACACCCCCUCCCUCUGUACAUGGAGGUGGCCAGCGUCUGUGCCGCUGCUGCAUCAUCCUCUGACAGUGGAGGGCCAGGGGGGGCCACCUCUGUCUACAGGUCCUGCUGCUAUGAGAAGGGGGCUGAUGUCGGGUGGGGGGUGUGGGGUGGGGGAAC